AUGGUCCAUCCAGGUACACCCGUUAAGAACCGGGUCGGACCACCCGUUAAGAACCGGGUCGGACCACCCGUUAAGAACCGAGUCGGACCACCCGUUAAGAACCGGGUCGGACCACCCAUUAAGAACCGGGUCGGACCACCCGUUAAGAACCGGGUCGGACCACCCAUUAAGAACCGAGUCGGACCACCCGUUAAGAACCGGGUCGGACCACCCGUUAAGAACCGGGUCGGACCACCCGUUAAGAACCGGAUCGGACCACCCGUUAAGAACCGGGUCGGACCACCCGUUAAGAACCGGGUCGGACCACCCGUUAAGAACCGGGUCGGACCACCCGUUAAGAACCGGGUCGGACCACCCGUUAAGAACCGGGUCGGACCACCCGUUAAGAACCGGAUCGGACCACCCGUUAAGAACCGGAUCGGACCACCCGUUAAGAACCGGGUCGGACCACCCGUUAAGAACCGGGUCGGACCACCCGUUAAGAACCGGAUCGGACCACCCGUUAAGAACCGGGUCGGACCACACAUUAAGAACCGGAUCGGACCACCCAUUAAGAACCGGAUCGGACCACCCAUUAAGAACCGGAUCGGACCACCCAUUAAGAACUGGAUCGGACCACCCGUUAAGAACCGGGUCGGACCACCCAUUAAGAACCGGGUCGGACCACCCAUUAAGAACCGGGUCGGACCACCCCUGUUGCCUCCAGACCAGCCUGUACCUCCAGACAGCCCGAAUUAUUCAGGGCAUGGAUUCUACAAGGAUCUGUGA